UAAAAUCUUUGAGACAUUUUUGAGCUGAUUAUACACGCUACAAAAUUUGAAGCUUGUUGCGAGAAUUAAGUGUGGGCGACGGAGGCAUGGCAAUAGCAAAGGUGAUGGCGAAACUGAAGGGAUUGUUCCGCUCCGGCAACAUGGUUGGCAUUGACAAGAGCGGCAAUCGCUAUUUUGUACGAACAGAAGACGUCGAUGGCGCCUUAAAAGAAAAGAGAUGGGUGGAAUUUGAGAAUGACUCAGAUCCUACUACAUUACCAGUUGAGUGGAUAAGCUGGUUAUCAGGACAAAGGAAAAAAGCUCCAACUGCACAGCAAAUGCUGGACUUAGAAGUGCAACGUGAGCGUGUUAAAAUGAAUGCUGCAAUUAUGCAGAAAGAAGAGGAGAAAAGGCUUUUUAGAGCGAAGAGUCUUCAGCAGAGCAUGGACAGUGGUGAUGUUGGUCCACCGAACUUGGAAAAGCUCAUUCAGCAAUUCAGUGAUGCUUCUGUUACACACAAUGAAGGUGAAGAGGCACAAACACUAUCACAUGAGAUACACAAAGAUACAGAUGGUCUCAGGGUUUUAGAACCAAGAGGGACAGGAGAUUCUUUUCGGCCUGGUACCUGGCAGCCCUCAGAAAAUGCAUGAAGAAAAAAGCUAGCUUUGUUUUGUGCAGGUCAUCAGAACCAAGAGGCACAGGACAAUCAUUUCAGCCAGGGAUGUGGCAGCCGCCAAAGUGAGGUCGCUUUAUGCUCAUUUUUCAAACAGUUAUGACACUAUGUUUAAAUUUUUUUUGUACAUUUUGGAUGGGCGAGGAACAGGAAUUAGAUUCUUAGUCACCUUUCUAAUUAUUCUUCUUAUCGUGAAAAGUCAACCACAAAUUUGGUUGCAGCAUUACCAUUUGAGCUGCACAAAUGGAGCUAGAAUAGUUGAACGAAUAACCUGAAAUGGUUUACAUUUAGGUGAUGUAAAGACCUAUAUGGCACCUGCCUUUUUUGAAAUUGUAAUAGAAUUUACUGAUGAACUCCAUGAUUCUUGUGA